CGAAGGGCUGGGGGCGUCUCGGUGGCAAGGGGGCACGGGCCGGCCCGGUCCUACUGGGGGCUACCGGCAGCCCAGAAAGGGCUGUCGGUUACGGCGGCUGUCCCGAGCGCGGGGCAGGGCCGCCUCCUGGCGCAGAGAUCCCGCCGCAGGGGGAGCAGCAAAAGAAAGCGCUAUGGCUGAUGGAAAGACAGAAGACGAAAUCAUCCUCUUUGAAAAGGAAAUUAAAGAGUUCUGGACCACGUUAAAAAGCGUUUAUGGCACUAAACAGAUCAAUCAGACUUUAGCACUGAGAGAUUCAUGCAAGGAGUCCAUAAAAGAGCUUUCAGAGAAAUGGUCCAAGAAGCUGAAAGAAGGGGACCUGAUGAUUGAUAAAAUUCAGGAGUUUAGCAAUGAGAUUCUCCAGCAGAGCCAACGCAUAUCAGAAAAUCAAGAGCACUUGACAGAAAUAAAAUCUAACCUAAAACAAGAAGAGGAGCAAAAGAAGGAUUUGACUGACUGCAUCCAAGAGCUUAAGGAAGAGUUGAUGAAGAAAAAGGAAAUAAUAUCUUCUAAAAACAAAGCCACCAAGGAGAGAGUGGAGCGACUAUGCAAGUCUAAAGUACUGUUUGAAGAGCGGCUUGGACUGGAGAUUCGCAGAAUUCACAAUGAACAAUUACAGUUUAUAUUCAGACACAUUGACCACAAAGAUCCUGACAAGCCCUAUGUGUUUACCCUUUCCAUAAACGAACAGGGAGAUUAUGAAGUGACUUCCUGUACUCCUCCUCUGGACUGUAUAGCAGAGUUCCAGCUCAAAGUGAGAGAAACUAACAAUUUUUCUGCGUUCAUUGCCAACAUCAGAAAAGCUUUCACCGCUUUAUCUUAUAAACAGUCUGCAUAAAACUAGCUUAUACCUCCCCCUCUAGCGGUAGAACACUUCUUGUCUUUCCUUCCUCUAUUCUGAAAGUAUGUAUUUAUUUAUGUCUUACUCUAAUUUCUUAAUAAAGAAAAAUAAUGAAAAUAGUAUUUUAGACCACUGUCAUUAGAGACAUUUUGGAUGAUUCCUUGAACAACAGUAUAAUUAACUGCUUCCUUAACUGAAAGCCUCCAGACUUGUCAAUUUUGAUCCAGUAUCACGUACCUUAAUGAUGUAAUGAGAUCUAUUUAGCUACUCCAAGAAGAUAUUCAAAACAAAGUACUUUCUGUAAUUUAUUUCUCUUCUGAAAACAUAGAAGCAUCUUUCAAGUUUGUAUGUGGUUGGAACAGGCCUGAAAGAUACCAAAAUAAUGCAGUGGAGCUUAGCAAUUACUUCAAUUACCUGCGUCUUAGGUUUUACUCUGUCUUGUACUCUCUACUUUUAUCACUCCUUCUCAUACAUGUAAAUUGGUGUUUGUCUUUUGGCCUAUUAAAGUAUAUAUUUUACUGCCUAUUUGA